GAAUAAAUAUUCAUCAAUAAAAAAAAAAACAUCAGCAACAAUAUGCCUUUUAAAGACCUAUUCAAUAGCUGUCAACCGAUACAGUUGUAUAUUGUGUUGACAAUGUCCGUCUCUUAUUUCAUCGUACAACUGGUGCUGAGCCACAUAACACAUGCGCUAACCCUGUUGAUGGCAUCUUAUCAUAUGUUAUGCAACAUUUUCGCGCUCACUGGCUGCAUAGUAACAAUUAAGCACAGCAGAAAACGUGAUGACAACUUUGAAGAGUACAUCAGCUCAGCAUAUGCCGGCAGUAAUAGUAAUUUAUCCCAAAAGCCGAAUAAAGAUAAAAUUAUAGUGGUACAUAUGUCUGGACCUCAUUCAGCCUCAGCGACACGUCAUCGCCGAGAAAUGAAGUUGCGUAAUACAUUCGGUUGGACUCGUAUAGACAUACUAACCAUGCUGAUUGUUUUCAUAAUCCUCGCAUCCCUUUCAUUUUCACUGGUCGUGGAGGCGUUGCAGACUUUAGUACACAUUGAUCAUCAAGAUACAAUGCACUUGCCAGUUAUUGUUAUGGUACUAGGUUUUUUUGGCCUUAUCUUAAAUGGAUUGACGUAUCUAUUAAUCGGUGGAUAUACAAUGCAUCAGGGGAGCUUUUUGCAUGUGACACCUAACGGAGAUGUAGUUCUGGAUCGUGUGCUAUCAACCAGUGGGGACUUACAAGCCGAUGAACGAUCACUCUCAAAACCGAACAAAGAGAACAUAGACAACGACCGCCAACUAAAGGAUGACCUUAAAGCAGAAAUCGGACAAGUACAUUAUACACCAAGAAGGCAAGGUGGUGUGGAGAUGUUGCGAGAUGUUUCUAGUACCAUAUUCGUAAUCGUUUGCGCAUUAAUUGUAUACAUGGCGGAAGAUGAAGAGCACACAGCUAAAUUCAUCGAUCCCGUACUUUCGAUAUUUUCAUGUGUGCUUUUAGUCUCGCUAAGUUAUCCUUAUAUGAAACAGUCUUGCCUAAUUCUCCUGCAAACGAUUCCUGGUUCCAUUGAUAUGGUAGACUUCGAGCGCACAUUAGUGAUGAAAUUUCCUGAAAUAGUUAGCUAUCAUGACCUACACAUCUGGCAAUUAUCGGUGCAUAAAUCCGUAGCCACUGUGCACAUAAUGUUCCAGAACCCACAGCUUUAUACCAAAAUCAUUGAUGAUGUACGCUCUUAUUUCCACGAUCGUGGAAUUACUGAAGUCACCAUACAACCAGAAUUUCAAAGCCCAAAGUCGCCGUCUAUAGAGUGCUUAAUGCAGUGUAGCGCCACCGAUUGCGCAGACAAAGUAUGUUGUAAGGACUCGCGCACUGAUCUACGUGAAGUAAUCAGCUCAUCUCCCAAUGGUGAUAGCGAUUUACAGCUUUACAAGCAAAAUACAUGUAAUGAUAGUGUGGAGUCUUCUGAACUCCAAGAUUUGCAAAUCGUAAAGGUCCAGAAAAUAGCAGAAAAUAUCGAAGAGAACACAAAAUUUGACGGGAAAGAACCGACCGAAAAGGCCCCAGAAAGUGUUGAAGAUAAAGUCAUCUCAAAACCUGUAGCAGAUUCUAUUGAAGAGAAUGUAGCAUCCACAGCAAAACAUGAACGUACUAAAGAAUGCGGGAUAUCAACUAAUAAAGAAGUCAUAGAAGUAGGAACUGGAAAAUGCAGCUGAUAAAAUAUUGUAAAUGUAUUUAUCAGCCAGGUUCUGCAAUUCACUUACGUGUGAAUUUCAACAAAAUGCGCUUUGAAUUCACAUAGGCAGGGGUUGAAAUUCACUCGGAAGUGAAUUGCAGAACCCGCCUGUAUAUUAUACAUUUUAUGUAAACUAUUAUAAAUUAUUACUGCUACCAAAAAUGUAGUCAUGCAUACAUACUUAGUUUAAAAUUUAUAUUUUAGGACAUACAAUUGUAUGUAAGUUUUCGUAUAUGCGCAUAUGUAUGAAUGUACAUAAAUAAGUGUACAAAGAAACUAGCUCUAGUUUUGAUACGUUUUAAAGUGCUGAUGAAUUUAAAUCUAUUACUAAUUGUAACUUAAGAAAUUUUUUUAAUGCUACUAGACUUUUAGCCGAAUAAGUACAAGUGAACUAAUUUAAUUUUAAGCACGAUUCAUAUGUAUGUACAUAUGUACAGUUUUGAUAAGAUAGGAAAAUCAAGUAUUUCCCAACACCCAUCAUCCGUGUCAUCGUUGUUUAAGAUGAAAUUAUUUAUAUAUUAAGAGACGUGUGCACAUUGUACCAUAAUUUAAUGUUGCAAAAAAAGUUGUAAUAGAAUGAGAAAUAAAGAAGCAAAUAUGCUUAUACAAAUUACUAUAGAUAAUAAACUGUCUCAUCAUAACGAUAUCGGUGGCAAUUGGUAAUGACGUCUGGGAAUGGAAAAGAUGACUUGUGCUCGAAAGUAAACGAUUAUCUCUCCAAGCUUUCUCGCUUCUUCACUGCAAGGAGCCUAGCCCUCUCCCCUACAAAAUCCUCAGCUACCCUUUUCACCAUUUGG